UAGAGUCUCGUCUCGGAAGGCUAUCCCGAUGAAAACGGAACCCUGCCGCCAAGUUCUCAUCCAUCCAAGUGACUACUUAAUCGUCAUCCCUUGAAAGCCGACUGGGGCACAGUACAUAGCCCUAACCCCUUACGAGUUAAUGGAAACUGUAAACCACCAACAGCGCCCCCCUUUCUAGCCAAUCAGACUCGGAAACUUCUAUACAUCCCUUGCAGACUCUUGUUUCUCUAAAGUCACACUAUGCCCCGGAACAAGUACUAGUCAUCUCACUUCCUCUCAACCUUUUAUUUCUCAGGCAUCAUAAGCAAAAUGGCUUCACAACCAGCCCAGCUUCCAAGCACGUACAAGGCGCUACAAUACCCAUCCUCCACCGCUCCACCCAUAAUAGUGACACUCCCAACACCCGCAGUAGACUCCGGCUCAGUCAUCAUCAAACCGCUGUAUAACUGGAUCGUCACCUACGCAGCCAACGUCUACGGCAAAGGCAACCCGCGCCAAGCGCCCGUAACCUUCCCCAUCAUCGGCGGGUCCAAUGUCAUCGGCCGCAUCGCCGCCAUACCCCCCGAUGCCACCACGCUUAAAAUCGGGGAUUUGGUUACCGUGGACCCGCAGAUCAAGGCCCGGGAUAUUACGUACUUACCCGUGCUAGGACAUCUCGGACUCACGUAUCCGGGGACUUGGGCUGAGCUGGUUAAAGUGCCGUUGGAGAAUGUGUUACGCUUUAACGAGGAUAGACUUAAGGGGCUGGGGGUUGGUAUUAGGGAUUUGGCGUUUGUGCAGCAAUGUCUUGUGGGAUAUGGGGGGUUGAGGGAUGUUAAUCUUACGGCCGGGGAGACGGUCCUGGUUACGCCCGCGACGGGGAAUUUUGGUGGCGGCGCGGUACAUGUUGCGCUUGCGAUGGGCGCGCGGGUUAUUGCUAUGGGUAGGAAUGAGGGGAUCUUGGAGGAGUUGAAGGGCCUUGCACCUGGGAGGGUGGAGACUGUUGUUAUGAGUGGGAGUGUGGAGAGUGAUGUUGCUGCUAUUACUAAGUUUGGUGUUAUUGAUGUGUUCUUGGAUUUGACGGGGAUUGAGGCAACGAGUACGGCGCAUAUUCGUGCUGGUAUUUUGUCGGUGCGGCCUGGUGGACGGGUUAGUCUUAUGGGCCAGGUGGCGGGUGUGGAGUUGCCGUAUACGAUGGUUAUGUAUAGGCAAUUGACUAUCAGGGGGACUUUGAUGUACACGAGGGAACAAGCUGAGGAUUUGAUUAAGUUGGUUGAAACUGGUGUGUUGAAGUUGGGUCCUAGUGCUGGCCAAACGAUCAGGGGUAUCUACAAGUUGGAGGAUGGGGCGGCUGCCGUUGAGGCUUCUAGAAGGGAGGCUGGAGCUGGAAGAUGUGUCUAUAUUGUCUCGGAUGAAGAGUACCUGGCAUAUAACGGGUCAUGAACGAAUGGAGAUCUGGGGCUAAGCAGGCAUAUUUAUAUUAUCCCUGAAUAAAAAGGCAUGUUGAACCUUGGAACUCGAAACCUUCAUCCUA